GUUCUCAUCCAUUCAUCUAUUCUCAGAUUCUUUCUUGCCCAGACGUCUUUGUAUACGUCUUGGCAAUUUGAAUCUUUCCCGUUCUUCUCCUUCUCACGGUUUUGCUGCUAGGCAUUUAGCGAAUCAAUCAUUUUCCGAAGAUGAGAGAGUGCAUUUCAAUUCACAUUGGCCAGGCCGGGAUCCAGGUCGGAAACGCGUGCUGGGAGCUUUACUGUCUCGAGCAUGGCAUCCAUCCUGAUGGACAAAUGCCCGGAGACAAAACCGUAGGCGGCGGAGACGACGCCUUCAACACAUUCUUCAGCGAAACCGGCGCCGGAAAGCAUGUUCCGCGCGCUGUCUUCGUAGAUCUGGAGCCGACGGUCAUCGAUGAGGUCAGGACGGGAACCUACCGCCAGUUGUUCCACCCGGAGCAACUCAUUAGCGGCAAAGAGGAUGCCGCCAACAACUUUGCCAGAGGGCAUUACACCAUCGGUAAAGAAAUUGUGGAUCUCUGUCUGGAUCGGAUAAGAAAGCUUGCGGACAACUGCACGGGGCUCCAAGGCUUCUUGGUUUUCCAUGCCGUUGGUGGAGGAACCGGAUCUGGCCUGGGAUCUCUGCUUCUUGAAAGACUCUCGGUGGAUUAUGGAAAGAAGUCAAAGCUUGGAUUCACUGUUUACCCUUCCCCUCAGAUCUCCACCUCUGUUGUUGAACCAUACAACAGCGUCUUGUCUACUCAUUCCCUUUUGGAGCACACCGAUGUCGCCGUUCUCCUUGAUAACGAGGCGAUCUACGAUAUCUGCCGCAGAUCUUUGGACAUCGAGAGGCCUACUUACACUAAUCUCAAUAGACUUGUCUCCCAGGUCAUUUCAUCACUGACUGCAUCUCUCCGAUUCGAUGGAGCCCUGAAUGUGGAUGUGAACGAGUUCCAGACCAAUUUGGUCCCGUAUCCGAGAAUCCACUUCAUGCUUUCCUCUUACGCCCCCGUGAUCUCCGCCGAGAAGGCCUACCACGAGCAACUCUCUGUUGCGGAGAUCACCAACAGCGCCUUCGAACCGGCGUCCAUGAUGGUGAAAUGCGAUCCUCGGCAUGGCAAGUACAUGGCUUGCUGCCUGAUGUACCGUGGCGACGUGGUGCCCAAGGAUGUGAACGCGGCCGUGGCCACAAUCAAGACCAAGCGGACCAUCCAGUUCGUUGACUGGUGCCCAACCGGGUUCAAGUGCGGGAUCAACUAUCAGCCGCCCACUGUGGUUCCUGGCGGCGACUUGGCCAAGGUCCAGAGAGCUGUCUGCAUGAUUUCGAACUCCACCAGUGUUGCGGAGGUGUUCUCGAGGAUUGAUCACAAGUUUGAUUUGAUGUAUGCAAAGAGGGCUUUCGUGCAUUGGUAUGUGGGCGAGGGUAUGGAAGAAGGAGAGUUCUCCGAAGCGAGAGAGGAUUUGGCUGCUCUGGAGAAGGACUACGAGGAAGUUGGGGCGGAGUCUGGUGAAGGGGAUGAGGAGGAUCCUGACGAGUACUAAAGCUUCGCCGUCAAAGCCAAUGAGCUCAUUGGUCUUCUUCAUUUAGUUAUUAAUGCUUUGUGUUGCUGUGGUAAUCUGUUGUGUCAUUAUUCAGCUGCGUGUUGCAUUUUCGUGAUGUUCGAGUCACUUAAUUGUUUCAUCUUCUGUUUGUGUGAAUUUCAUUCUUAGAACAGGGCAUGGCUUGUGCCGAAUCGCAGCAACUCUUUUGUAUCAAAUUGAUGUGCGCUGUGAUUUUUGGUACUUCGACCAACUAGCCCUCUUAAGUGCUUUCAGUUUGCAAUCCAAUUACUGUGCUAUUUUAUUUGUGCGUUUCAAUUGGAAGAAUUGCUGCUGCUGUCUCUUA